CUCAGUACCUUGGUUGUCCUUUCGUGUAGUGGCAUCGUUCCAGAUGGUGGUCAAUUCAAAAAUCCAGAAGGCCGGAGGAGCUGAGCCUGAUGCUUUUGAGGCAUCUAUUGCUCAAGCACUCUUAGACUUGGAGAUGAAUAGUGAUUUGAAGGCUCAAUUAAGAGAACUUCAUAUCACUAAAGCAAAGGAACUAGAUUUGGCUGGAAAGAAAUCUAUCAUUAUCUAUGUUCCAAUGCCUCAAUUGAAGAAUUUCCAAAAAAUCCAGAUUAGGCUUGUCAGAGAACUGGAGAAAAAGUUUUCUGGAAAACACGUUGUGUUCGUUGGAGAUAGGAAAAUCCUUCCAAAACCUACUAGGAAAUCGAGAACUCAGAGUAAACAAAAAAGGCCAAGGAGUCGAACUCUUACAUCUGUUUAUGAUGAGAUUCUGGAAGAUAUGGUGUUUCCAGCUGAAAUUGUUGGUAAAAGAAUCCGUGUAAGGACUGAUGGCAAACAGAUCAUCAAGGUUCAUCUUGACAGAUUACAACAGGUCAAUAUUGAAAACAAGAUUGACACAUUCACAUCAAUUUAUAAGAAACUGACAGGCAGAGAAGUUACUUUUGAGUUCCCACAACCCUAUCUCUAAGGACAUUUCAUUUUAUAUAUUUCAUUAUAUAUAAAUUAAUGUAAAAUAUUAAUAAAAAAAUUAUUAAAACCC